AUGGACACGGGAGUCCUAUUCUACAAGAUUGAUCCACCGUACAUCCACGAGGACCCGGUGCGCGGCGAGUAUUACAUCUACUAUGCGGUACCUCGUAUCCGUAAUUAUGUAGUUCGUGGUAGACCUUUCCAGUACCCUAUUAGGACAGCAUACUUUAAUCCUGAUGCACCCUAUGACUUUCCUUUAUCUUGGUUACACCCCGGAGGACCUGGGAUACCUCAUCCUGAGGAGCAGAUGCCACCUCCACCUGACUAUCCUCCUCCACCUGAACCUCCUCUACCUGAUGAGCCUAUACCUGUCCAGCCUAUCCAUGAGGCACCUCUUGCACCUUUUGUCCUUGAUGAGUGGGGUGUUCCUGUGUUGCCACCCGAGCUUGAUCCUUUACCUGAGCCGAUCGAGCCUCUUGUCUUUGAUGAGCAGUAG